AUGCAUUCUGAACAAGUAUCCGAACACAGUCAACAAGGACCCUCCACGGCCUUCGCCGAACACAGAACACCGUACCACCACUUGGAUAACGGGUGGUCUCAAUCACUACCAACUUCUGUCACUUCCGUGUAUGGAUCCAUUGACACCAACCGGGCCUCGCAAACACCCUACAUCCCCACCCGUAGAGCUCUAUCCCGAUCUAUCAGAUCCUCGAGAUCGACCCCGCCAACCUCACUCCCCAACAUGAUCGAAUUCCGUUCCCAAGUCAUAGAAGCCAGCAGACGUCAGAUUCCACUUCAUGUCGUUCUCCACGAACUUCAGAACAAGAUGUAUCCGCUCCAUUUUGACGGCCUUGAUGCGCUGGGAACAGAAUAUGUCCCACCCACUCCCGGAGAAUACGAGUCGUUGUGUGGUCUAGCGGAGAAGUGGUACUAUUCGGAACUUUGCACUCCUAGAGCGGGGCACGUUCGACAGGAUAAUCAUUGGCUCGUAUCCAACGACAUGAAUGGGUCGUGGAUGGGUUGGAUAUGUUCGUGGUUGUGGAGACGCUGA